GUUCUUAACAUUGUUGCUAUUGCUGGUUCUGUUGCUACUGAUGAUAGUAAUGAUGAAGAUGAUGGUGGAAGUGAUGAUGGUGUUGGUGGUGGUAAUAAUGAUGAUGGUGAUGGUGAUGAUGGUGAUGACGAUGAUGAUGUUUAAUCUUUGAAC